CAAACAACAAAACUCCGGAAGAACAAGACAUCCAAGGUCAAAGCGAACCUUGCUUUUUUCCUGCAUGGGCUGCUUGCUAAGUUGGCGGGACUCCAACAACCUAAGGAUUCAAGGCCUUCGCAAAAGACAAGCAACAGGCUGCGCAACCGUGUGUUCAUAUCAAGUCACAAAAAGCACAAUGAUGACAGCACUUACACAACGGAACCAUCACCAUUGCGGAAUAGGCGGAUGUAACGAGACUGAGAACCUCAAUACACAUACCAAUCCUCACGCGGACAUUGGUCCUGAAAUCAACCUGUGCCCAACUCCACGUAUGAUACAGAAUUCGACCGACACGUUGCCUUUGGGAGACUCUGACGAAGAAGUGAGUGGCUCUGCCAUUCCUCCUCGGUCUCCUAAAUCCUGUAGCGAGUUACCAAAUCUCCCUUGUUUCACCAGAUCUCCACAACCGAUCAAGAGGCACCGUAGUCUUCCGAGUCCAAACCGACGAUUCAUUUUUGGGCAGUUCUGGGAGAAAAAUGAAUGCGACGAAGAAGUCCACUUUUCAAAAGUACCGCCUACGACAGAUGUGUCGGCUACUUCUUCAACGAGCACCAAUCCUCAAGGAGCGGGUCGUCCAGUGGCGACAAUCAACAACUUUGACAUACGUUGUUUAGCUCCCCCAGCUCAUCGACGCGUCCAAAGCGAGUAUUUCAGAGACAUUCACGAACUAUCUCCCCACUCAAAACAGAGUCUGCCUCGCCUGCCGGCUCCCUUGAUGCGUUUCUAUCAUCAAGGUACAAGAACAUCGUUGAAUGGCAUGUAUCCUAUGAACACUCCCCGAUCAAUCCUUCGAGAAAGUUCUUACCGGCGUUUGAUAACAAGCAACCAUGAUACGUCUCCAAGGAAUCAGGCUGCGUUUGUUGACAUGGGACACCGCAAUGGAUCUUUCAACUUGACCAGGACUUUACGACAAUUUCCUCUCUCAAAAUCAGAGCAAGAAGACUGCUCAUUACAUAGUGACACGGCAUCUACCUCUAUCUCACAGGAUUGCACGAGUAAGAAGGUCCAAUUCGAUCCACGCGUCGUCGUUACUGAGUUUGAAGACAAUAUACCUCGGGAAUGGUUCAACGAACAAGAACUAGAGCGCUUUCAAUGCGAUACCAUUAUGCUCGCGCGAAGGUAUCUACUGAACCAUCCCGAACUGAUUCCCGAAUAUAGUCGCCCCAAACUGGAUCCGGUCACUUGCACCCUGCGUAAAAAGGCCCUUUUCUCCAUGCCAAUACUGUCAUCGGACGAUGACCUCCUGCCGCGAUCACCACCCGUGCCCGGCAUCGUCAAGACGAGUCGAUGGCAUGAAGUGGCCGAUCGUUAAGUGCAGGCAAUAAUGACGUAGAUCCUAGCAAGCUCAUUGCGCACCUGUUUCAGCGAUCGCUGCAGCCAUUGUUUCCCCCUGCAGAAAUUGUCAUGAUUUGCACAGGGGAAGAAACUUUGGAAUUCAUGCAAGAGACCGAGGCAAACAGAUCGCAUCGGGUUCGAUUGAUUGAUGUGGAAGAAAGUUUUCGACGCGCCCAGAGCCCCUGUUUGACUGACUUGUGCGACUAAAAGAUUGCAUAGUCAACUGUUGACACCUAUCGAGCAAGCGACAAGUAUAAAUUCGCACCAUGGUUCAAUGCACAAUUUGCUCUCGUCAUCUAAGCACCAAAAGUAUCUUCAAGAACUAGUACCACAACAACUUGGAUGGGUAUUACCGGGUCACUUUAAUCAAUAUCAUCAAGAAAAGAGAACGACGACUGGACACGGCACAGCCGCAGAGGAAUGAAGUGCAAUCGCCAGCGACACCGCCGGCUAUGUGGCACUGCUUAUUACUUGGUGUUUCGUCCAAUUGGGAACAAGACUCGCGGACUUUGAUCCAGAGUGGGGCCGACAUGUUGUGGGGAAAAUAACCACCACGAAUGAAUGGCGCGCUACGAGACGACCUUGUCGCCCGAUUGGUUGAAAAGCGAGGCUCUGGUGAAACAUUGUCGCCGUCAGUAUCGACUAUGGAUGAAGAAACAGAAGACGAACCGCAAGGAACAGCGUCCGUAUAGCAAGUAAAAUUUCUCGAAAAUGAAUCACACUUUGAUGAC